CUCCCCCUCCGUUCCCUCCAUCCCCUCCCCCUCCAUCCCCUCCCUUUCUCUCUCCCCUGCUUGCAUCCAGCCCCGCACUUACUGCUUGUCUGCUCUGGGUGUGUGUGUCUGCAGGUGGAGGAGGAGGAGGAGGAGGAAGAGGAGGAGGAGGAGGAGGAGGAGGAGGAGGAGGCCCAGGAGGAGCCUGACUGCAGGCAGGGAGGAGACUCCCCCGUCCCCGCCAGUGGCCGGCAGGCCGGAGAGACAGAGGAGGCCAUGAGGAGGCCCCCGGGCUGAGGCCGGAGGGUGCCUGAUGGAGAGGAGGAGCCAGGGGAGCCCUGGGUGCCCCUCUGCCAUGGCCCGGCUCCCUGCCCUGCUGGGCCUGGAUGGGCUGCUGGUGGUGAAGGUGGAGGAGGAGGAGGAGGCCAGCGGGCAGGAAGAAGGUCCCGACCCAGAGCACUGGAGGCAGCGGUUCCGCCAGUUUGGGCGCUGCGGCGAGGCGUUGGGGCCCCGGGAGGCCCUGGCCCAGCUCCGGGCCCUCUGCCACAGGUGGCUGCGGCCCGACCUGCACACCAAGGAGCAGAUGCUGGAGCUGCUGGUUCUGGAGCAGUUCCUGACCCUGGUGCCCUGCAAGGUCCCGGUCCAAGUGAGGGAAGCGCGCCUGCGGAGGGCCGAGGAGGUGCUGGCCCUGCUGGAGGGCUUGGACCAACUCCUGGAAGAAAACGGCCCGCACGUGUCCGGAGUCCUGGCCUGGCCUCAGGAGCAGCUGGCGGGAGACCAGGGUGUCAAGGUGCCCCUGGCCAAAGCCGGGCGUCAGCCUCCUCCCGGACCCUCCCCCGUGGCCGCGGCAGGCCUGACCUUUGCUGAUGUGACGGUGAGCUUCUCCUGGGAAGAGUGGCGGCACCUGGAGCCCCGGCAGAAGGAGCUCUACAGGGACGUGCUUUGGGAGAGCUACGGGCACCUGGGGGCCCUCGGCAUCCCUGUCCCCAAGCCAGACCUGAUUGCUCUGAUCGAUGGUGAGGAGGUGGCCCGAGACAGGCCUGUGCGUGUGGCUGGAGAGGAAAGCGUGGCCGGAGGGGCCCGUGCAGGCGGUGGGAAGAGGCUCCUCGGGGAGGGGGCGCCCCAGGAGAGGGGCCCCCGACAGCCGCCCGGGCAGGAGGCGAGAAGCAGGGUCUGGCCGGAGGGGCCGCCGGGCCGCCGCGCGCCGUCUCCCCAGCCCCCGCUGGCCCCCAAGCAGUACCGCUGCCGCGACUGCGGGAAGAGCUUCCGCUGCAGGUCCCCGCUGGUGCGGCACCAGAGGACGCACACGGGCGAGAAGCCCUUCAAGUGCCCCGACUGCGGGAAGGACUUCAGCCAGAGGUCCAACCUCCACAUCCACCAGCGCGUGCACACCGGCGAGAAGCCCUACACGUGCGCCGAGUGCGGGAAGGGCUUCAGCCACCAGACCACGCUGCGCAUCCACAGGAGGACCCACGUGAAGGAGAAGCCCUACACGUGCGCCGAGUGCGGGAAGGGCUUCAGCCAGACCUCCCACCUGCACGUGCACCAGCGCGUGCACACCGGCGAGAAGCCCUACCAGUGCCUCGUGUGCGGGAAGGGCUUCAAGCAGAGCUCCAACCUGCAGGUGCACCAGAGGGUCCACCGCGGCGCCGCGGCCUCGCGCCGGCCCGAGUGAGGCCCCCUCGGCCUCCGCGUCCACAGACUGGGGGCGCAGAGCUUGAGCUAGACGUUCAGCCCUGCUGGCACUCACUCUCAUCCUCGGAGCUCGGGGCACCCCUAAAAAGGGAGGAAUUAGAAGCCGUUAGAUGCCGCCUUGAGGCGGGAGGUCCCGGGUGCCAAUCUGACCUCCUCAGACACUGACCCUGGGCGAGUCGCUUCCCCCCCAUGGCCUAGCCCUUGCCGCUUUUCUGCCUUGGAACAACUCACAGUAUUGAUUCCAAGACAGACGGUGAGGGCUUAAAACAAUUAAGGGGUCGCUCCCAAUACUGAAAAAUUGGAAAGCAACGUGGCAGAAAAGAGGCCUAGAUCAGCAUCUUGCACCCUAUGUCAAGAUAAACUAAACUACAUAGUGUAGGCUUGAGGGGUGACAAUAAUCAAAUUAGGGACUUGACAAAAAGAUCCUCUACGCAAGGAAAAGGGAGAGGAUCACCAAAGACAACACGGACCAUUUUGACCACAUAAAAUGCCCAAACAAAGAAAAUUCAUGUUGGUAAAAUGAGGAAUCCCGUAAUGGGGAGAAAAUCGGUGAAGUCAUUUCCUCUAAUAAAAGCCUCUUUUCCAAGAAAUAUACGGAACCUCUUAGCAUUUCUACAAAUGAGCCUUUCCUCAAGUUGAUCAAUGGUAAAAGGAUUUGAUAAGGGAGUUUCCAAUCAACUGUUCAAAAAAGGGCUUCAAGUGACUUAAUAUUUGGGAAAUAGACAUUAAGGCAACUAGGCCCACCCCCUCACCCCUAUCCAAUUGGCGAAGGUGACAGGAGGGCAAUGACAAACGUUGGUGGGACUGUGGGAAAACAGGUGCGGCACAAGUGAGUCCCGUCAAACUGCACAGCCUCAUUGAGGAGACCACAACUUGCCCUUAACUCCCUACAGAGAUCCAAGAAAGGAAAAAGAUGAAAAUGUGCAUUUUUUUUCUAUAGCAGCACACACACACACACAAAGGAAACUAAGGACAUGCUCACCUAUCAGAGAACAGUUAAAUAAAUGAUAUGAAUAGAAUGUAAUAUUUUGUGAUACCAACUGACGAAAUGGACCAUCGUACUGGAAACCAUGAAGACCUUUAUGAACAACUGUACUUUACGAGGAAGGGAACAAAAUGAGGAGAACAAUUUCUGGAAUAACAACAUUAUGAAGUGAGGCAGUGUAAGAUAAACAAUGACAAACCAGAGCCCCAAGGGGGCAGAAACAAAUGAAGCCCGUUUUCCCGCUUCUUGCCAGAGAGGUGAUGGACACACUUUUGGACACGGCCAAUAGGAAGUUGCUUUUCUUGACUAUGCAUAUUGGUCAUGAGGUUUUGGAUGAUUUUCUUUACUGUUCAGAUAGGAACAGAAGAGAGAGAAAAUAAUGCUUUAAAUCGGAAAAAAAUAAAGUUAAAAAAUGUCAUGGUUGGACUCCAACUUCUGAAUCGUUUAUUCUGUGAUUAGGAGUUUUGUCAGGUCUCUUCCUGCUAUUAAUCCUACACAUUAUGAAGUAGAGGAGAGUCAGGCCAAUGGAAAUGUGAUGACCAGGUGAAGUUCUAUGGAAAAUAGGAGGGGGGAUAAGGGGUGAGGAAUCAAGGAGGACUUUAAGGAGGAGGUGGGACUUUGCCAGAUGAAUGUGGGGAAAGAACUUUACAGUCGUGGAAGACAAGAUGAACCAAGGAGAGACAAAGAGAAACAAAGGUUGGAGGUUAGUCUUCAUUGGCUAGAACAUAGGAUGUGUGAAGAUUUGGUCGAUGAGAACAGGGCUAGAAAACUUGUGUGGAGCUAGAGUGUGGAGGGCCUUGAAUGCUAGGAUCAAAGGCUGAUUUAGAUCAUGGGCAACCACGGACUUCAAAGUUUACCAAGUAAAGAUAGUAUUCCUGUGUAAAAUGCUUCAAGAGAAUUCUACACGGAAGUCUAGGAAGAUGAUCAAGACCUAAAUUCUAAAGAUAAAAAGGGGAAAACUUCCAAUAGGGAGGAAAAAUGGGAUUUGCCUGAAGACGCUGGCGUGGAUGCAUUGGGAGCUCACCAGCCAAUGUAGAUGAUGAAAAGGAGGACAGAAGAUGGUAACAAGAUUAAUAUAAGAGCAUGGAACAAUCUUAUUUAAAUAAGUUGGAGAAAUAAAGAUGAUUAGGAUGAACCCAGCCUGAUGAGAGAAACCCAGGACAUCCAAAGGGAUUGGAGAAAGGAUAGAUGGAUCUUUGCUUGGGGAGGCAAGGGAUGAAGAUGGCUUAAAGAAAGCAGAACUCGAUUCUUUUUGUUUGUUUCUUUAUUUUUUUUUCUGCCAAGGAGAAUUACCUUUACAAUCAUUCAGUCAAUAAACAUUUAUUCUAGCGAUAAAUAGUUUACACUGGGAAUAAUAAAAUGAAAAUGACUUGCGGUGAGUCGAUAGCCAAGAUAAGUAAGGAGACAUUAAGAGACCACCUUGAGAGCUGCCUUGAAUUCAAGCCAGCUGACCUGGAUGAACUUCAUCCUUGGCCCUGACAGAAAGAAUUGGGAAAUUUGUUGGCUGAACCACUCUGGGUGUUACUUGAAAGAUCAUGGAAACUGGGAGGGAUACUACAAGACUGGAGAGGGUUGAGCUUCACUGAAAUUCCAGAGAAAAUUCUAGGACAGAUCAUUACACAGUUGGCACGCAUCAAGAAAGGGAAGAGGGAGAGGGAGAGGGAGAUGGGUCAGUGUCGAGGAACUAACCCUGACUUGCCCUUGCUGGAGCAGCAGUAGAAGUCCCUGGUGGGGAUUACUACUUCCUCUGCUCUUGAAUAUGUGUCCCAUUUGUUUCCAUUGACAUUUUGGUUGUGUCGGAUUCUUUGUGACCCCGUGGAUCAUACUGUUUGUGGGGUGUUCUUGGCAAAGAUUCCAGAGUGGUUUGUCAUUUCCUUCUCUAUUCUCAUUUCCACGAAUAUAGAAAUGAAAUUGUUCAGAUUGUGAAAACAAAAACAGGAAGUGGCGACUACGAAGAAUCAGCCUGGUUUCAUCAAGAACAAAUCUUUUGAGACAAACAUGACUUCCUUCCGUGACAGCAUCCCUGAACCAGGAGAUACAGAGAAUGCGGGAGAUGGAAUUUUCCUGAACUUAAGCAAAGCUUAUGGCAGAAUAGCUCCUGUUAUUCUUGUGCAGAAGAGGGCGAGGCGCAGAUGAGACGAUAGAUUCAGUUGGAUGGUUGGACUCCAGUUGUCAGUGCUUCAGUGUUGGUUGGCAGGAGGUCUUUGGUGGAGUGCCCCAGGGAUCUUAGCUUUUCAGUGUUUUUAUCAGUAUUUUAUGGAUGACGUGCUCACCCAUUUUGCAGAUGACACCAAAAAGAGAGGGACAGCUGACACACCCAGGGACAUGGCGUCAAAUCUAAUUCAAUAGGGAUAAGUGUAAAUUUUGGUUCGUGAGUGCCAAAUCAACUUCCCAAAUUUAAGACAAGGAGCUAUGGAAAGACAGCAAGCGUUCUGAAGCUUUGUGACUGGGAAUAGCUUUCACUUGCUCUUCGACCCAGUGACACAGCUGGCCGUCUCGCUCUUCUUCUCACAUGGCAUAUCCCAACUCCGGGCGUUCUCUCGGGCUGUCCUCCCCAUCCUCCUCUCCACCACCUGACAUCCCUGGCUUCCUUCAAGGCUCCCGCAAAGCCCCAUUCUCUCUGGGAUUCUCUCCGGUUUAUCCUAUCUCCAUCCUCUUCUCCUCCAUUAGAUCGUGAGCUCUUUGAGGGCAGAGACCGCUUUCGAUGUUUUUUCCCUCACAUCCCUGUGUGGCACACAGUAAGGAUUGUUGUUGACUUGAUGAGGGAAUGAGCACCCCCUGUGCAGCGCCUUUGCCAGGCUCUUCUGAUGUGUCUUCUCCCUUCCGGGCAUGCUAAUAAAGAAGGCCGUUGGUAAGCUUGGCCAGAGAGGACGACCAGGAGGGCAAAGGAAGGGCUUGCGGUCCAUCCCCUCUGAGGCUGCAUUAAAGAGCUGGGGGUGCAGAGCCCAGAGAGGAGAGGACUGGGGGAGACGUCCUCGGUGUCUCCAAGGGUGGGAAGGGCUGCCGUCUGCAGGAGGGUUAGCCUUGGUCGGAGGCCCCACAAUUCAGCGCGAGGCACACGGGGAGACGUUGCAGAUCUGGGCUCCAUGUCAGGAACAUCAUCCCAUGAGGAGAAGCUUCCCAAGGGGAGAUGGGUACCUCACGAGGUCUGCAAGUGGAGGGUGGAGGCCGCUGGACGGCCCUAGGGGGCCUUGCUAACCCUCAGGCAGGAGGUUGGAGCUGGGCGUGAGGAAGACAAAGGUGAUGGAGGGGGUGAGUAGAGGAUGGAUGAUGACAAGGGAGGGCGGGAUACUGAACGGAAGCCCCCACAGGCAAGGUCCAAGGCAGCCCCUCAAUGCCUGCAGAGCUCCAUCUUUUAUUAUUUCUUUUUAAUCCUUACUUUCUGUCUCAGAAGGUCAGGGGCUAAGCUAAUGGUGUUCAGUGGCUUUCCCAGGAUCCCCCAGCUAGGAAGUAUCCGAGGCUAGAUUUGAACUCUGCUCCAUGUGACUCCCGGUCUGGCCCUCCAUCUCCUGAGCUGCGCAGCUGCCCCACCGCACAGUCUUUAACAGCAAGAGCUUCGUGUAGAUGAAUGGUCACAGCUGGCUGUGCUUAGACUUGGGGUGUGUAGGCACGUCAGUUUAUCCAGUAGAGCACCAUCCUUUACAGGUCCUGUUCCAGGCCUCUGGCUAGUGUUGAAUGAUUCAUGUCAGAAAUGUGGAUUUGAAUUUGGGUCCUGUGACUCCCACCCGAUCACUUUCCACAACAUGGAUCAUCAGGGGAAUCUGGGUUCAAGUGCUGGCCUUGUCUCUCCAGGCUGGCCCUUUUCUGUCCUAGGCUUUGGUGCCCUCCUCUGUACAAUGAAGGUUUUGGACUAGAAGUUUGCUAGGGUUUCCUCUGGCUUCAAGUCCAUCAGGAGACCUGGGUGUGAAUCCUACCUGUGGCACCAACUGUAAAAUGGGGCUAGUGGAUUAACCCCUCAAGAUUCCAUCGCUGUACCCUGUGAGACAAGCAGGAUUGUGUUCGCUGCCCACCUUCUGGGGGAGAUGCCUAGGAAAUAUGAAAGUCCUCUCUGGAUGGGUGCUGUAGUUCCUGCUGGGGAUGGCUUCCUUCCCUAUGUGCCUCGCUGUAAAAUGGGGAUAAUGACUAUGACUACCCGCCUGAUGGGUGGUUGUGGAAGUGCUAUGGAAAUGCUACAGAAACAUGGGCCACUGGGUGGCUCUGUGGAAAGAGCAUCAGGCCUGGAGGCAGGAGAUCCUGGGUUCAAAUCUGGCCUUAGAAAUUUUCUCACUGUGUGACCCUGGGCAAGUCACUUAACUGAUUGCCUUAUUGCACCUCUACCUUGGGACGGACAAUUCUGCAAAGUUCAAAAAGAUGUUUUGUAAACAUUUUUAAAGGUUUUUAAAGUGCCAUGAAGAAAACAGGACCUGAAGCGGCUCCUGGUCGCAAUCAUUGACCCCCUGUCUGUCCAGUCUUGGCUCAGCCCCCUCAGAGGGACAAGAGUAUUGACCAGACAGGGGCGGAGGGGCUCUGAGAGUGAAGGCGCUGCUGGAGGUUCACAGAACACAAGCCGGAGCAACAGAAUGGUCUGAGAUGACCCCAAAGGCCUCCAUCUGCUUCCAGAGGCCGGUCUGAACCCAGACCAGAGCAGACUUGUUUGACUCAUUUCUAGUUUUGUUAUUCCAGUUUCCUUCCACCAAAGGAUCAAUAUGGAAAAUGCUUGAUGUGAUCCCAUCUGCAAACUGAGAGCGAGAGAAAUGGAGACUUUGUCUUCUUUGGAAAAUGAGGGAAACUUUCCACCUGGGAAAAGAGUCAAUUCAAAGAAGUUGUGUCAACGGCAGAGCUGGUUUGUUGCCUUCUAGAUCGGCAUCGGCGUCCCCAGCGAAAACCCUCCUGGGAUGGUCGAUCGCAUAGACUCUCCUCCUGGUCCUGCCCACCUCACUUUGCAUCCCUUCAUUUUGUAGGGCUCAAAAGCAUUUUAUUACCACCAUAUGCCACCCUUGUUCAGCCGCUCCCCAACGGAUGGACGCCCCUCAGUUUCCAAUUCUUUGCCGACACAUAAAGAGCUGCUAAAAAUAGUUUUGUGUAAGGAGGUCCUUUUCCCUCCGUGUCCGAGAGACCUGGCAGUAGGAUGACUGGGGCAAAGGCUCUGCAUAGGUUUUAUGACUCUUUGGGCACCCUAGAAGGUUAUCUCCAUCGAAAGUACCACCCAACGGGUGUUAGUGCCUCAGUUUCCCCACAUCCCUCCAGCAUUUAUCAUUUUCCUUUUGGGUCCUAUCAGCCCACCCGGUAGGUGGGAGACGCCUCAGAGCUAUUUUAAUUGGCAUUUCAAUAAGCAAUAGAAAUUUGGAGCAUUUUGUCACAAAGACAAUGGAUAGUUUUAAUUUCUUUUUCUAAGAACUGCCUGCUCAUAUUCUCAUACCAUUUAUCAAUUGGAGGAUGCUUUAUAUUCUUAUAAACUUCACUGAUUCUCCAUAUGUUUGGGAAAUGAGGCCUUCGUCAGCAACACUUGCUAUUUAAAAAUGUCCCCAAUUUGUUCUUUUCCUUCGAAUCUUGGUUGCAUGGGCUUUCUUUGGACAGAAACUUUAAUUUAAUGUAAUUACAAUUGUCCAUUUUGGUUUUGGUAAUCCUCUCGAUGUCUUAUUUAGUUAUAAAUUCUUCCUUUAGCCAUAUGUCUGACAUGUCCCCCAAAUCAUUUAUGAUGUCACCCUUUAUUUCUAGACCAAGCGUCCAUCUUGACUUUAUCUUGGGGUAGGGUGUGAGAUGUCGGUUUUCUGAGGAAUGUUUUUCUGCCAAUCUAUAAUGAGACAAAGCUCCAAGCCAAUAACAGGUUGAAUGAGAGACCUAUGUCUCCCUGUAAAGCUGGGCCAUUAGGUUUCCUCCCACCUCAGACAAUUGAAUGAGGGUUUUCCCUGCUUUCAUUCUCUAACUGUAUAUGUUCUUUUUAUUUUGUUAUAUUAUAUGUAUCUUUUGUAUGUAUCCUUAAUGUUAUACUAUAUGUAUCUGUUCUUUUUUUUGUACUUUUUUACUUUUUUAAAUGACAAAUUUACACAUAAGUUUUCCAGUUAUAUGAUCCAUAUUUUCUUCCCUCUUCUUUCCUUCCUCCUCCCACAGUUGACAAUUCAAUUCAAUCUGGGUUGUACAUGUAUUAUCACACAAAACAUAUUUCCACAUUCUUUAUUGUUGUAAUAGAGUAAUCUUUUAAAACCAACCCCCAAAACAUAAACCCAAAUAAACAAGCGAGAAAUCA